AUGCGUGCGGCUGUGCGUGCUGGGAAGACCAUGAACGACCCUCUCUACGUGCAGGGGGACACGCUGGUGGUUGCCUGCUAUGCAGCUCUUGUAGGCUAUUCUUGCACCGUUACGGACAUCGAUGGCACGCGAUUGUACGCACGGGGUGGUCUCUACGAUGUUGGACAUGAGAGCUGGCCCAUACCGAGGCUGGAGCUCUACGCGCUGGUUGAGCGUGGAGCUCGCGAGAUUAUUGAUGAGGACCCCUUCGGAGGACCCCAAGGUCAAUAA